CAAGGUACGUUUUAUAGAGCUUAGGAACAUCAUUGGCUGAAGUUGCAGUUUGAAGAUUCCGCCAUUACAUCAGUUUGAAGAGGUCUCAACUGGAGCAUUAUGCCCGACAUUUGAAAAACUUAGGUUCCUGCGAACUGAUAUUACAACUACUUCUUUAUACGGUUCUACUGGAUCAUCUAGGAGUUACGGAAAAUAAUUGCUGGAUAGUUGUAAACUGUUGUCGAUGUAUAAGGAAUUACUUUUUCAUGGUAUUUUUGAUGUUCCCAGUGUGUUAUCCGAAUAUAUCGUCGUACUACUUUCUCAGUUGUUUGAGCCGAAUUUAGUAUGCAGGUGUGUUGUAGGUGCAGGUGUUGAUUAUAUUUUGUUGUAUUCGUAAGUGGGUGUGAAUGGCGUGCUGUCAGAUUUGAAUUGGGUUUUGAAAUACUGUAAUAUCCGUAUGGUUUCAUCCUCAUUCAUUUUUUAAACAAACGAAGUACUAUUUCGUUGCUGACAGUCGCUAAUGAAUCUGCAUUUGAUGGGAGGAAAACAAUGGAGAAUUCUUUUGAUGAAGACAUUGCUAAAGAUACAACGGGGAUUGUCAAAGACUUGAGCUUGUUUGAAGCGCGUCGUAAAGAGAGCAGUAAAAAUUACAUGCCUACAGUAGGAAGCAGCAACUACGAUACAAGUGGAAUGGACCCAUACUUACAGAAAUUGAGCUAUCUGCGCAUCAGUGAGGAUUCGAACAUCGAUUCCGAAAUUUUCAGUGACAGAAGCAGUCAUCGUGUAAUUGUUUCUGAGUCGGGUUACGGACGUAUAAUACCAAAGUCAGUUGACAGUCAGGGAAGAUCACUGUCAAGUAUAACAGUGUCUGGGGUCGGAGGUAGUACUUCCCCAGCAGGUGAAGUGGCAACCAGUGGUUCAAAAUCACUACCAGCUAGUACUAUUACAUCUCCAGUCCGGUCCAUACAAGAUAAGAGUGCUACUUAUCGUCAGCAAGACAACAGCAAACACACAGUUGGUGCUAUUGAAAGUUUUAUUGUAGAGGGAUCAGGAGCUGUACCAGUAAAGAACUUGUCAGCAGACUAUAAGAUAUAUGAGAGAGGUAACAUCAUUGCUGCAUCAAAAUUUGCUACUCCAAAGCAAGUAGAAAGUAUUGUUUCCUUAACAAACAAACCCACAGCAGAGGGUCAGUGUCCAUUAAACAGAGGACAUCAAAAUGGUUUGGCACAAACUUCAACCGAUUGUGGUGGCAAAUAUCAUUGUACUUAUGGAAGUAAACAUGGUGCUGCAAGCCCUAGCCAUAGCUUGAGUGGUUCCAGCAAGGAUUCACAACAUUCCAACAGUCCACGCACUAGCUUAGUGGGCAGUACUCAGAACUACAACUCUCCAGUGUAUGAGAAUAUUGACUAUUAUGGAAGUAAUCGUACACCUCAGCCUCCAUACUACCAUCCACUGCCACAACAUAUGGCCAGUCCUCAGUCUAGCCUAGGUUCACAGGAGUCAAAACAUUCUGGCCCCCAUAUAAGCUUGGGAGCAAUGAGUGAUGGUGUACACUAUGAGUCAGGGUAUCGUAAGGCCCAGCCUCAGGUUCCAGCAGGUACGAAGUUCAUUUCAUCUGCACCCAAAGACUUUCCUCCAUAUGAGGCUCCUCCCGUAUACGAGAAUAUUCAAGAAUUGCAGUUUGGUCUAAAGCCCACACAGAACCACGAGCCUGCAAAGCCAGGACCCCAGGUAGCUGUGUAUGGUGAACACAGGCAGUCAGCACCAUCAAAUUACUGUCCUGUGUCUGCCACUUCACGAUCACGAUCUUCAAGUCCAGCCUCACCACCACAGCUUGUCUCUCCUCGUGGAAAUAACCUCCAACCACCUCCUCCUUACCCAGGGAGUGGAACCAGCCAGAACAUACCAAAUAAUUCUCACAACCAGCAAUUUGUUGGGAACAUUGCCUCUAGUGUUCAAGGCUCACAUUAUCCAAACAGUGGUUCAAGCCAGAACAUUGCAAACAGUGUUCCUAUGGGUCAACUGUCAGAGAUGGAACCAUUCCCAGUAACUCAUAUGUACAGCACUACACAUGCAGCUGUGAGUUCUUGCAUGGUGCCAGGAUCACCCAACAAACCUGCCAUACAGAAGCCAGUUGGUAACUACUGUCAAGCAACACCAGUUGGUGGAGGAGACUAUGUGGUUAUGACUGGUGGCAACAACACACAGGUGCAACUUGCAACCAGCUAUCAGCGAAGUGCUUCUUCUGGUGUUGCCAGUGCAGUGUAUGUGAGUGCGGAAACAGCCUGUAAUCCCUGUUCAAGCCCAUGUCUUGCUCUAGCAGGUAGUAACAGCAACACCAAGAUGAAGAUUGUAAGUGGCAAGACGCUUCUGCCUUAUAAUGUGACACCACCCCGCCCCAUGGGUCCAACAGAAGCUGAACGAAAAAUUGAGGAGUUGACCCGUCAGCUGGAAGAGGAAAUGGAGAAGCAGGAAGAAGAAGGAGAAUACUUUGGUAUCUGCCACACAUGUGGGGAAAAGGUUACAGGAGCAGGGCAGGCUUGCCAGGCCAUGGGGAACCUGUACCACACAAACUGCUUUAUUUGCUGUUCAUGUGGGCGAGCGCUGCGUGGAAAGGCAUUCUACAAUGUCCAUGGACGUGUGUACUGCGAAGAGGAUUAUCUGUAUUCAGGAUUCCAGCAGACAGCUGAGAAGUGUGCAAUUUGUGGCCAUCUUAUCAUGGAGAUGAUACUGCAAGCAAUGGGGAAGUCGUAUCACCCAGGCUGUUUUCGUUGCUGUGUCUGCAAUGAAUGUCUGGAUGGUGUUCCCUUCACAGUGGAUGUUGACAACAAAAUCUAUUGUGUUAAUGAUUAUCAUAGGAUGUUUGCACCCAAGUGUGCAGCCUGUGGGAAGGGAAUCACUCCAGUAGAGGGCACAGAAGAGACUGUUCGUGUAGUUUCCAUGGACAAGGAUUUCCACGUUGAUUGCUAUAUCUGUGAGGACUGUGGGAUGCAGCUGACAGAUGAGCCAGACAAACGCUGUUAUCCCUUGGAUGGGCGUCUAAUGUGUCGUGCCUGUCACAUCCAGUGCCUCAGCCACCAUCCCCGCCAGCUGCAGGGAGUACCAGCCAGCUAUCAGUACCUGGGCUAAGGGGCAGCCUGUAACCAGUUUGCCAUGUAAAUAUAAUUAAGUGCAGUGUGAUAAGAUUCAAUGCACAAGCUUUGAACCAUAACAAUGAAAAGGAAAAUACAUUAGACGAAAGAGUGUUUCAUAAGUGAAGUGAUAGGAGAGAUGAUAAUCUGUACUCGAGCCUGUUGAUAUAGUGAAUGACGAUGUCUGUCCUCUGCUUUUCCCGUAUACAGUACAUGAUUACUGUCUAGCCAUUGGCAUUUUACUCCUCUUUCAUGGAGUAAACAUAACUUAAAAUGCUUUUAUUCUUGAAAUUGACUCAGUAGUUACUGUUAUUCAUACAUGACUCUGUAGCUGUAAAGAAGUUCAGGGCACAAAUCAUUUAACAUUAAAAUUUGGGAAGCAUAGGUAUUUUGAAGUGAAUGUUGAACAGGGAUCAAGGUAGGGGAGGAACCACCACCUGUUCCUACUACUAUUGAAAACAACAGAUAUAAUUCUAAUGAGACAAUGAGUAUAUAAACAGAUAA